AUGCCAAUUAUGAAACCCGACGAAGUGCACGUGAAACUCGAUCCAGUUGUCCGGUUUCAGAGCAGGUCCGGUCCAUGUUUCGACAUAAAGGCGGAAAACUUAGCGCCGUCCGAGCUGAAGAAACUUAGAAAUAAACAGAGAAAAGCUAAACGUAAAGCGGAGCAAGAGAGUGCACUGGCAGCACAGGUUCAGGUGAAGCGGGAGCAGCACCACAAGGCGCGACAACAGCAGGAGCAGGGCGACCCUGAGGCGCCGCAGCUUGAUGAGCUGGUGCCUGAUAAACUGGCCAGGGCGGAGGACCCGUUAGAACAAGCAAUAAAGUUCCUUUUACCGCUGCGGACGCUCGCCGCGGAUAGAAUAGAAACACAUUUAAUGGCCUUCGAAAUAUACUUUAGAAAAGAGAAGCCGCUGCUGAUGCUGCAGAGCGUGAAGCGCGCGUGGCGGCUGCAGCGCGGCCACCACCACCUGCACGACUGCCUGCUGCGCUUCCGCGUCUGGCUGGACGCCGCGCGCCCCGCGCUGCACCACCACGUCGCAGAGGUCCUCGACACCGAGACGCAGCAGAUGAUGCAGGGGCGCAGCGCGCUGCAGAUGGCGGAGCAGUUUAUGAGCGGCGCGGCGCGCGACUCGCAGGCCGCGGCGCUGUGGGGCGCGCGCGCGCUCGCCCGCCUGCUGCCCGCGCGCACCGCCGCCGCGCUCGCGCACGCCACGGACAUGCACUACCCCGACCUCACUAUAGAGGGUUGCGUGGAAGUGUUAGAUAGUCUGAAAGACGGUGACUUCGGUCCGUGCGAGGAUGAAAUAGAGCAAUACAUAAAGGCGUGUCACACGAGGUUCCCGUAUGCGCUGGCGUUCAAGCCGCCGGGCGAGGCGCAGGCGGAGGACGCGCCGCCGCCCGCAGACACCUCCAACUGAGGGACUCAGCCCACACAUGUGGGGAACUGCGUUCGGUGAUAAUCGGUUUUGUUGCGCCAAUCAUUAGUGUCUUGUUUGAGUGGUCGUGGUUAUAGCCAAAUCUUCCAAGACAAUUGUAUCUUAUAGUUAUUUGAAGUGUUUGUAAUUAGUUACUUAAGACGGUCACGAAAUGAAGAGCGGAGCAGCGCACAGUGGCCUCAAAUUUCGACUUACACGGACAUUCAAAAUAUUAGAUGAAAAUUACUACGUAAGCUUAGAUUUAAAACCCACUGUGCACGCUCUGCCCUAUAAGAUCUAAGUAAAAUAAUUGCAUUGCACACUUCAAAUAAGUGAUUAUUUGGUUUAUAUCGACAUUUGCCUUGGAAUGACGGCCGAAAGCAUUAAAUCACUCUUAAAUAUUUCUAAUUUUUUCUAGUAAUUCUAAAUGACUGAGGUAUUUGUAUCUAUUCAGUAGAUACUUUUUAUAUUGCAUGUGAUGUGUUGUGACGUAAGAGUUAAGGAGAUGCCAUAUGAGUGGUAGCGCAACGCAAAAUUUUAUAGCGUCAAAUAUCAAUUCUAUUGUCGUUUAAGACUGAUGCGAUUUGCCGCGUGACGUUUGUACGUGUGGCAUAUUGCGUGGUUUACUGGCCAGAUCACUGGCACCAGUUACCUUUGACGUCAUGCCAGUGCUGCUUUUGAGCGCUACUGGACUUUACUGACAAACCAAGCAUUACUCUAGUGACAAUGAACCAGUGAUAAAUAUAUACUAAGGUGACACAAAACCGAAUAUUACUGCAAUUCAUAAUCGCCCACAAAUUUCAUAUUAGAUAAUAUUCGGCCUGACUUCUUCCUCUCAUCUAGUAAAUACAAAAUUCUCGUAUUGAUAAUGUUUUUUUUUAUUGUUUUUUUUUUGUACUGUUUGUAAAAAUAUUUUAAAUAACACAAGACCUUGAUGUACAGUCAAGUCUAAGAUUCAUUAACAAAACUCAAGUGAUGCUAGUAUCGCCUCAUGAUCACAAAUAUGAAAAUUUCAGUCGAAAUUAAGUCACAAAUCAAACAAAUUGCUCUCCAAAAUAUAAUGUUUAUUUUAUCCAUUUGAUUUUUUUAAUACAUUCUUUACUUUUCACAUGCAGUAUUUAUUACAAUUUCUUUAAAAUAUAUUAAAAGUGAAUGUUUAAACCGUAACGAAAAUACAGUUUUUACUGUAAAAUUCGGUGAGUUUAAAGUUAUUUACAAAUUGACAUUUUACGAUUUCAUUACUAAAAUAUCAUAAACAAAAAACUAUGAAAAUAUUUGUAUAUGUUUUUGGGUUAUGUAAACUCAGACAGAAAUCGAAUUAAUCCUUAAUUGGCAAAUACAUUUGUAUCGAUAUUGAUAAAACAAUCUGUUUUUAAACAAAGUAAACUUUAUUACUUUCCGAUUUAUUUUAUAAAAUAAUGUGUGGCCUCUGAAGUGUUCAAUAAAAUGCAAUUUAACAAAAUGUAUUUAGUAAACGUAAUUUAAUGACUGUUCUUAGAUGUAUAAAAAGUAAUAAAAUUGUGUGGCAAUUAUAAGGGGAACCUCAAGCAAUAUUUGACAAGUGAUGUGAGGUACGCUUUGUAAAUAAUUAUUAUUUAUAAGUUUUUACUGUACAAUAACAUUGGAAUACCAGAUCUAUGUCUAUUUCGAAUUAAAUUACAGUUUAAAAAUGUCAGGUUUUGUGUCAAAUGUACCUAGAAAGCUAUGAUUUUUGUUGAUUUUGAUUCUCUGUAGAUAUUUGUAAAGUUUGGACAAUAAUUAUAAAUACUCCGAAUUGUAACCGUGUGCACUUUAGUUAGAGAAAUUAAUUUCCAACCCAUGUGUCUUGAAAAAAAUGUAUGUUAAAUGCAUUUGACUUUUUUAAAUGUAAAAAAGUGAUAACUGAAAUCUUUCACUUCAAUAAGGAUACAAAUUCUGUUUUUUUUUUCAAUAAUAUUUUGUAUUUGCGACACAUUGUUGGUUUUCUGUUUGGUUGGUAUGAUUGGAGUAUUUUGUGCCCUCGUCAACUUGUACAUAAAGUAAUAAAAUUUUAUUUUACAAAAUUA